AUGCCCACCGGCCCGCCCGCCGACAAGUCCAGGCAAACGUCCGCUGGAAAGUCCUUUUUUGGAAGGAAGUUGUAUAAGGAGAGGUCGACCGAUGAGCGCUCGUCAGAAGGGUAUGGGGGUUCCUACGAUAGCCUGGCGCCGCCGGCCAGCGCGUCGGGUUCCCGUUCAUCCCGAUACUCGAAGCGCUCCUCAGUUCAAUCGGUGGAUACGCAUGGGGAUCUCGACUCGUCGAUGCUCGCGCCCAUGUCCGGUGGUGGAAUUCCCUCCAUGCCCUUCGACAGUAUGCCCUCAGACACGAGAACACCUGUUCCGAUUGACAACUACCCGCGCCCUGACUCCUCCAGCGCCCGCCUCGAGCCCUCCUCGAGCAGUUAUGGCAAGCCCAGCGGGGACUUUUAUAGUCACUACCCAACGUGGAAUUCUUCUUCGACCUCCUCCUCUUCUGCACCCAACGCUCCGCCGCACGGGUACACUUCAUAUCCUCCUUCAGGGCCCCGCCCACCCCCUCACACUUCGGGCAUGACCAUGACCAGCAGUACAUCUGGAGACCGCGGCACUCGUUAUCAACAAUGGGGUCGUCCUGGUAGUUCCGCCGCCAACCACUCGAUCGAUUCUUCCUCCAACUCCCGCACCUCGCUCGAUCAGACCAGUCUAUAUUCCUCCCAUUCAUCCAACACGCGCGGCUCCACAUAUUUCUCUUCCUCAGACGGUUCCUCGCGCACACUCACGCCGUCCCAUUCGGGGGAUCGUAUCACCAUGUUUCCCACCAGCAACAGCUCCGGGCGCAUGUCCAGCGCUGCCUCGUCCCAUUCGAAUGUCCCCGCCGCGGUGCCGCGACCUGACAAUUUCUUGACUCGGCCCCGCGACGAUCGCGUGGUGGAUCAGCUGUUCUUGGAGCUCAUGCAAAAGCGAGGGUGGCAGAAUCUUCCAGAACAGGCAAAGCGACAAAUGCUAUCGUAUCCAGCCUCAAAGAAGUGGACGUUGGUCCACCAGGAUCGCUUGACAGAGUUACAGGGCGAGCAGAAGCGCCGUCAGAACGCCCGCCAGACUCAUGGCCACGAUGGACUCUCGGGUCUGCUGGAGCGCGCCGACGAAGAAGGAAGCCCGGAGUGGUACGUGAAAAAGGUCAUGGACGAUACGAUUACUUCGAAACAGCUAGCAAGUCUCAGCGUCAGUCUACGGACGCAACCGAUCAGUUGGGUCAAAGCUUUCGUCGAAGCGCAGGGUCAAGUAGCCCUCACCAACGUUCUCCAGAAAAUCAACCGGCGUAAGGCCUCUGGACCUGUUCCUGCUCCGCCCACAGGAGAUAAAGACCUCGAUCGAGAAUAUGACAUUGCAAAAUGUUUGAAGGGUCUGAUGAACAACAAGUACGGCGCCGAUGAUGCACUUGAGCACCAAGGUGUUCUGGUGGCGCUUGUCAAUUCGCUUUCCUCCCCGCGUCUCAAUACUCGAAAGCUCGUGAGUGAGGUGCUCACAUUUCUGUGUCACUGGGCCGAAGGUCGAGGCCAUCAAAAGGUCCUCCAGGCUAUGGACAAGGUGAAGCAUGACCAUAACGAAACUGGGCGUUUUGAUGCGUGGAUGCGCAUCACGGAAGUUACCAUUGAUGGCCGCGGAAAAAUGGGUAGUCUGGUAGGCGCAAGCGAAGAGUAUCGCAGUGGUGGUAUUGGAAUGGAGAACGCUUUGAUGGAAUAUGCGGUCUCAACGAUGAUUCUCAUCAACAUGCUUGUCGAUGGUGCUGAAAAUGACUUGGAAUUGCGAUGCCACAUUCGCGCCCAGUUCAUCUCAUGCGGUAUCAAGCGGCUGCUCACUAAGAUGGAAGGUUUCCAGUACGAUGUGAUCGACAAGCAGAUUGAGCGCUUCCGGGAGAAUGAAGCCAUCGACUAUGAAGACUUACUCCAGCGCGAGGGCAGUAGUAUGAAAGACAGUGUUGAGGGCGAAGUCAAGGAUAUGAGUGAUCCGCUCCAAAUCGCCGACGCGAUUGCGACCAAGAUCAGCGGCACUCGUUCUCAUGACUACUUCCUUUCGGCGAUGCAACAUAUGCUGCUGAUCAGGGAGAAUGCCGGCGAGGAGGGACUGCGCAUGUUCCAGCUUGUGGAUGCCAUGAUGAGUUACGUUGCGAUGGAUCGCAGAUUGCCCGACAUGGACCUCCGGCAGGGCUUGAACUUCACUGUCCAAAGUCUGCUGGAUCGACUGCACACGGACGCUGAAGCCAGGCAGGUGUACGAUGAGGCAUUGGAGGCACGCCAGAUUGCCGAAGCUGCCAUUGCGGAGCGCGACGAGAUGAAGGCUCAGGUGGAGAUGGGUGCAGACGGUCUUGUCAGGAAGCUUCAAAAGCAAAUUGACGAGCAGGCUGGGAUCAUUGAGCUCCAGAGCCGUCAAAAUGAGACACUCAAGGCCGAGGUUGCCGAAGUCCAACGAUUACGCGCCCAAGAAUUGCAGCGUAACGAACUAGAAACUCGUGAGCUCUACCUGAUGCUUCGGGAUGCCCAGGAUAUUGCUGCUUCAAAUGCCCGGAAACAAGCCAACGCAUCCGAAACUGGGCCUGUGGACCCAUCUCAAUUACCAGGCAUUAUGGACCGUGAGCGCCUUAUGGAACGUCUCGAACGCCAAUUGGAGCGAACGAAAACCCAGUUUAAGCUGGAAGGCAAGAUCUGGGGCCAGCAUGGACCUUCGGACCGCCUGCGUGAGCUUCGCGAAAAGAUGGAAGGCGGCGCGGAUGAAAGUGAGGAAUUCGCCGAGUCUGCCCGUCGCAAUCUAGAUCCCAGCUCGCUUGGAUCUGUAUACCGGAAGCGCAGCCAUGUCCCUGAGAUGAACAAUGGCUCCGACGAGCUUCCUAUGUCUCCCUUGGACGAAGAGGAGGAGGCCGUGUUUGAGAAACCCCGUCUGAUUCAAUACCAGCGUCCGCGCUUGAACCCUGCGCAGGCUAGCGGUCUACUUGGUGAGAUUGCGUCCAAGGUGCCCAAAUUUGACGAUGAUGAGCAAGAAGUGGCUUCCGACGUCGGCGCCGCUGCAGUUGCAGCUCCAGCCGCCUCUACCUCCGUCACUUCCGUUGCUGUUAAAGAUGCAGGUGCUGUGGCCAAAGAUGUAGUUACUCCCAAUAUCGUACCACCACCUCCGCCACCACCACCACCUCCAGGCGGUGCAAAGCUGGUCGUUCCUCCGCCUCCUCCUCCAGGCGGUGCAAAGCUCGUCAUUCCUCCGCCUCCUCCACCAGGUGGUGCGAAGUCCGUCGCUCCUCUCCCUCCUCCUCCACCUCCACCCCCAGGGGGCAAGCUUGCGAUUCCUCCGCCUCCACCUCCCGGCGGCGCCAAGGUCCCUGGUCUUCCCCCUCCACCUCCUCCUCCAGGUGGAAAGAUUGGUGUUCCACCCCCGCCUCCUCCCCCCGGUGGCUUUGGCGCUGGUCUUCCUCCUCCGCCUCCUCCUCCUGGUGCUUCUGGUGGCUUCCCUCCACCUCCUCCGCCUCCCAGUGCUCCUCUGGGUGCUGGCUGGCGGCCUACGUACAUGGUUCAAGAUGAUAUGCCAACAUCAAUCACCGGUAUGCCAUCCAUACGGCCCAAGAAGAAGCUCAAGGCUUUGCACUGGGACAAAGUCGACACUCCACAAGUCACAGUCUGGGCUGCUCAUGCUCCCACUCAACAAGAAAAGGAGCAGAAGUAUACCGACCUUGCCAAGAAGGGUGUGCUGGAUGAAGUGGAACGUCUCUUCAUGGCGAAAGAGACCAAGAUAUUUGGGGCUAGCACUGCAUCGAAGCAGCGUAAGGACAAGAAGCAAGUGAUUUCGAAUGAUCUAUCAAAGAAUUUCCAGAUCGCCUUGUCCAAAUUCUCUCAGCUCCCGGCUGAGGAAGUCACUCGGAUGAUCAUUCAUUGCGAUAAGGAGAUCUUGGACAACCUGGUCGUGAUGGACUUCUUGCAGCGCGAUGAGAUGUGUUCGAUCCCGGAGAAUGUAGCCAAGCUUUUGGCGCCGUACAGCCGGGACUGGACAGUCCCCGGGGCUGCCAAUUCUGAGCGGGAGCAAGACCCGGCUGAACUCACUCGUGAGGAUCAGAUCUAUCUCGCGACCGCAUUUGAGCUGAAUCACUACUGGAAGGCACGUAUGAGAGCCCUCUCAUUAACUCGCUCCUACGAGCAUGAAUACGAGGACAUCUCCGCCAAGCUGCAGGAGGUUGUCCGAGUGAGCGAAACUCUGCGCGACUCUGUCUCUUUGAUGAACGUGCUCGGUCUGAUUUUGGAUAUUGGUAACUUUAUGAAUGAUGCAAACAAACAGGCGCAAGGUUUCAAGCUGAGUUCGCUCGCGCGCCUGGGCAUGGUCAAGGAUGACAAAAACGAGACAACCUUUGCGGACCUGGUGGAACGCAUCGUGCGUAAUCAGUAUCCCGAAUGGGAGGGCUUCAGUGACGAGAUCAGCGGUGUGAUUGGGCUACAGAAAGUCAGCGUUGACCAGCUGCGGUCAGACUCGAUCAAGUACAUCAGCAAUAUCAAGAAUGUACAAGCCAGUCUGGAUGCUGGCAAUCUGAGCGAUCCUAAAAAGUUCCACCCUCAGGAUCGCGUCAGUCAAGUGGUUCAGCGCAGCAUGAAAGACGCUCGCCGCAAGGCUGAGCAACUGCAGCUGUAUCUUGAUGAGAUGAACAAGACAUAUGAUGACAUUAUGGUCUUCUACGGCGAGGACAGCGCUGACGAGAAUGCCCGACGUGAUUUCUUUGCAAAGUUGGCUUCAUUCCUGAUGGAAUGGAAGAAAUCUCGCGAGAAGAACAUCGGGCUUGAGGAGUCAAGGAAACGCACCGAAGCUUCCUUGGCUCGCAAGCGGAUCAAUGUCAACCUUGCCAACGGCGCUGGUACUGAAUCGCCCAGCUCUCCUGCCACGAGUGGAGCGAUGGAUUCAUUGCUAGAGAAACUACGAGCCGCCGCGCCCCAGACUAAGGACGUCCGAGACCGUCGCCGUCGUGCUCGUCUGAAGGAGCGGCAUCAAAUUCGCGUCGCCUCCGGGCAGAAGGUGCCCGAUUUCUCUGCUAUCGACGCUGGAACUGAAGGUUCAGAAGCUCCUGCCGACACUACUGCAUCGACUGACGAAAAUGGCCUGCUGAGUCCGCCUAUGCCUGAUGAACCCGUGGAAAGCAGCAAAGAGACACAGGUCUCUGAAGGUGAAGACGUGGCAGAUCGUGCUGCUAGCAUGCUUCUUGGCUUGAGAAGCAAUUCUGAGGCAAAUGGCGACCGUCCGCGUCGCAGGAGAGAAAGCGCCGAUGAAGAACGACGUCAACGCCGCCUGAGACGGCGAAAUGGCGGUACAAGUGUCAGCAAAGGCAGCGCAGAUGGCACAGGAUCCAAUCUUGCCCCUGUCGUGGAGCCCACGUCACCCACUUUGACGGACCACACGGGCGGUGCCGAGGAACAAUCUCUUCUGAGCCCUCAACAGGAGGACUUUAGACUUUCGGGGACCCCCGAGAUUGUGGUCUCUGAUCAGAACGAUGAGACUAUUUACGAGGCCCUCUGCCCUGGCAAGCCUUUGCCAAAGCCUCGAUUUGCUGCGCUCCGGACUCUUUAUGAUCCCGCGCUCCCUCCUUCGCCAAAUACGGUCCUCGAUGCGGGUGCCCUCAUUCUCUACUUUCCCGGUCCAAAGACAGUUACUGGCGAGGAUGUGCUAGAACUACACGUUCACGGUGGUCCGGCCAUCGUCAAAGCUGUACUGGAUGCGAUCGCGCGCACGAACAAAACCGACACCGUCGUCCGCUACGCCGAGCCGGGUGAAUUUACGCGUCGCGCAUUUAUGAAUGACCGCCUCGGUCUUCCGCAGAUUGAGGCCCUGGGUGAUACCCUUUCCGCAGAUACGGAGCAGCAGCGACGACUCGCCGUCCGCGGCACGAGUGAUGCGCUGCUCAACCGCUACGAGCUCUGGCGACAGGUACUGCUAUAUGCGCGUGGUGAGCUAGAAGCGCUGAUUGAUUUCUCCGAGGAUCAGCACUUUGAUGAGUCGACCGAGGAGCUCGUUGCAUCUGUUAGAAGUCAAGUGGAGGCCUUGGCGGUACAGGUCAAGUUUCAUGUACAGAAUGCGAGUCGAGGUGAACUUUUGCGAAAUGGCAUCCGGGUCGCGCUUCUGGGAGCACCGAAUGCCGGCAAGAGUUCGCUGUUGAAUCGAGUCGUUGGCAAAGAGGCGGCCAUUGUGAGUGCGGAAGAGGGAACCACUCGCGAUAUUGUGGAUGUCGGCGUCGAUCUCGGUGGAUGGUACUGCAAACUCGGAGAUAUGGCUGGGAUUCGUGCCGAGGCCGGCGGGUCUAACAGUGUUGUCAUUGGUGCUGUGGAGAAGGAGGGCAUCCGACGAGCACGAGAGAGGGCACUGGAGUCCGAUGUGGUUGUUGUGGUGGUUUCUCUCGAGUACGAUGGUCCACACGUUCGGUUAUCGGUGGAGCAAGAGGUUCGAGAGGCUGUCAACGACUGCGUUGAGGCAGGGAAAUCUCUUGUCGUAGCCGUGAACAAGUGCGACAAAUUGUCUGCCGGUGACUGGGGUGAUUCGCUUCCCUCAGCUCUGGCUCAGAGAGUCUCGGAGGAAUUUCCCGCUGUGCCGGCAGAUCGUAUCUUUGCGAUAUCCUGCAACGACGCACAACGGGGGAUGUUGCCUUCUGUUGGAAGCCAACAAGGGAGCUCUACCGAUCCGGGGAAUUUGCAGACCUUCCUACGAGGACUGAUCUCCACAUUCGAACAAAUUGCUUCGCCUCUAGGAGUGGAUAGCGAUGAGAGUGGUCCAUAUGACAAGUCUUAUUGGGAAGAUUCUCUAGGUGUGACACACCGACAAAGUUCAAAUUUACAAAAAUGUCUCGACCAUCUGCACGAUUUCUUGUCUCAAACCAGACCGAGUGCUUCCGGAAACUCUAUCGCAAGCUCUUAUAAUGGGUCGCCGCUUGUGGAAGCUGAGAUCGAUAUUGUUGCCGCCGCCGAACACUUGCGUUUCGCUGCUGAUAUGCUGGCGAAAAUCACCGGCAAGGGUGAGAGCGGCGAUGUCGAGGAUGUGCUGGGCGUGGUAUUCGAGAAGUAA